AUGACCAUCACACCCGAAACACAGACCUUCACGGCAAUCCCGACGCUCGCGCUACGGGACGCCCGUACCACGGCAAGCAAGCCGCGCUUCCUCGCGGCGUUGCGCGCGGCACUGCUGGACAUCGGCUUCCUGUACCUCGACGUAUCCGGUGAGCCGGCCCUGCCGGAAGAGCUGCUGUCCGAGGUGGUCCGCGAGGGCACCGCCUUCUUUGCCGACUUGCCCGAAGCCGAGAAGGAGCGCAUCGAGAUGAAGAACGAGAAGAGCUUCCUCGGGUGGAGCAGAUUGGACAAUGAGACGACGGCGAUGCAUACCGACCAUCGCGAGCAACUCGAUCUCUCCACGCCGCAUGAUGUUCCAGGACCGGACGCCCCCCUUUACUACAACAUGAGGGCACCGAAUCAGUGGCCGUCGUCUCAGCAUCUGCCACGCUUUCGACCGGUGUUUGAGGAGUAUAUGCAGGCCAUGUCGGGCAUUAGCACGUUUUUCACAUCGCUAAUAGCCGAGGCAAUCGGCCUUCCAGCCGACGCGUUUGACCGGUUUUUCGACGCCGACCAGCAGCACAAGCUGAAGGUCAUCAAGUACCCGGAGGUGUCACCGGACGUAGACGACGACGACGAAAUUGCGCGACAGGGUGUGGGCCCGCAUAAGGACAGCAUGCUCACGUCCUACCUCCUGCAGGCUUCGCCGCAUCGUGGGCUGCAGGCUCUGAACGCGAUGGGCGAGUGGAUAGACUGCCCACCAAAGCCCAACACGUUGGUCGUUGCCAUAGGCCAAGGUCUUGAGGCUAUCACUCAGGGCGUAUGCGCGUCGACGACACACAGGGUCCUGAGCCCACGAUGCGGGGAAGGGCCCCGCUUCAGCAUCCCGUUCUUUCAGGGCGUCAGCUAUGACGCGCGAUUUGAAGAAAUGGACGUGCCUGAGGCAGUGCGGGCUUUGAAGCGCGAAAGGCGCGACGAUAAGGUCGAUUUUGCCUUUGUGAAGGGACGGUGGGGCCACCUGGGCGAGGCGACAUUGGUGAACCGGGUCCGGAGCCAUCCGGAUGUCGGUGAGAAGUGGUAUCCGCGGAUCCUGGCCAAGAUCCGCGAACAACAGGCAAAAACCGACAUGGCUGCCCGAGACGUGCAUAAAUCGUCCUGA